UUGUGGACUUUUUUCGAUGUUUUGCACUAUCUGCAAACUGUAGAAGUCAGUAAGGCAGAAUGCCACCUUACGUAAUUCAGCGUAAAAAAUGCUCGCACGAAGGAAUGCAUUACGAAACACUGCUCGAACGGUGUGUUGCUUUGUGGUCACCACCGGGAGGGAGGGGUCAGUAAACAGCAAUUAUAAAACGCAAUGUCCUCCACCGGUUCAGCUAUCAGUCUUCAGUUUUACCUCCAACCAUUCGUAGGCUACGUAGUUCCAAGAAAUCCACCAUCAUGAGCAAAUUCGUCCUGUUGGCAGUUUUAGCGACCGUCGUUGGCACCAUGGCCAACAGCUACGCACCGGCACCGGCUCCCAGCUACCACGCUCCCGCUCCCAGCUACCAUGCUCCGGCUCACCACGCACCGGCUCCGUCGUACCACGCCGCUCCAUCCUACCAUGCCGCUCCGGUCAAGUGUGGCGCCAACCUGCUGGUCGGAUGUGCUCCCAACGUUGCCCACGUUCCGUGCAUCCCGUCGCAUGGUGGCCACGGUGGAUACGGCGGUGGACACAGCUCCAGCUACGUCGGUAGCUCCCACCGAAGCGCCGAAGCUGAUGCCUUCGAGUCGAACGAGUAAGAACACCUCCGGGAUUUUCUACUUGGACCGGGGCACCAGGGGACUCGACGAGGAUAGAGUAAAUUUAAUU